UCUUUGUCUGUACAAUUUUAAUAAUGCAAACAUUGAACAUUAAAAAAGUUUCUGGGUUGAAUGGUCGAGGAUUUUCUCUAAGAGAUGAACAUGGGAACAAGUAUUGGAAGCAUCAAAUGCGUAGAGACGGCUAUAAUGUUAGGUGUUCGUUGUGGCGGUCAAACUGUCCUGCUCGAGGUAAAAUUUUAAAUGCUGAGCCAAAUACUGUAAUUUUGAAUACUGGUCAUCAGCAUAACGAGGAAAGAGAAUUAUUAAGGGAAUUUAAAAAUAUUUUACACCAGCGUGCAAAAAGUGAGCGUUUGUCACUAAGGGCAAUAUAUAAUGAGGUCACUGCAUUACCAAGAUUUGCAAAUAUAAACAUAGACCCAUAUGAGAGUCAUAGACGGCAAAUGGCUCGUACUAGAAGAGCCCACCAACCACCAAACCCUGGAUCUAUGCAUGAGUUUAAACUGCAGAUGGAAAGCCCUUUAUACUCAAAUUUGACUGUGAUCCAAGACCAACCUUUUUUUUACGGCAGCAUAGGCACAACCGAAGAAGAAGGCGUAACAUUAGUUUUUGUGACACCUCAUGUUAAGAAGUGAGUUAAAUAAACAUCUGUAAAUAUUAAUGUCUUCAAAUAUUAUAUUAUUUCGUUUCAUAUUAAUCAUUAUGUUGGGUUUAGUAUUUUUAGGACUAGUACAGAAUUUUUUAUUGAUGGCACAUUUAAUGCUGCACCAAGAUUUGGUGGCCAAUGCCAGCAAUUAUUCGUGCUGAUGGGUGUUAGUUACGACGUAGUAAGUUAUUUUAUUGAAAUUAAACAGUUUUAACUUUUUUUGAAGGAUUUAUAGUCAAACAUAUUUUUAAGGGUAUUUUUACCACACAUUUUUAGUUGUAAUAUUACUAAGUUUGUGUACAUGUGCAUUAUAAAUAUUAUCAUUAGCAUAAUUAAACUAGUUUAUGUAUAACCCCAUUGGCUAUUAUAUAAUAUUACAUUUUUUAAUGAGAAUUUCCUUUUAAGAAUUCAAGUUUUUGAAAUUACUACCUGAUUAACAUAGUAGGGGAUAUUAUAAAACCAACAAAAUAAAACAAUUGUUCAACUCGUGCACAGAAACAUAAACCAUUAAAUUCCAUUUCAUUCCACAAAAAACUGAAAAAACAAUAAAGUUACUACUUAUAUAUAUAUAUAUAUUUAGGGUUUUCCUUUAGUGUAUGCACUGAUGUCCAGGAAAACUGAACAAGCAUAUAAAGCUCUUUUUUUAUACAUCAAGACUAUUGAACCAACUUGGCAACCGACUACUGUUAUGACAGACUUUGAACGAGCUUCUAUUAAUGCCAUACAUACAGUUUUUCCAACAGCCAGAGUUGUAGGGUGUUGGUUUCACUCAUCUCAAAGUGUAUGGCGAAAAAUACAAGAACUAGGUAAAAUCUUAGAAUACCUAUGUAUAACAGAUUGAAAAAUUGAAUAGACAAAAUAAUAAUAGUUUUGUAAUUUAUUAAAUAUUUUUUAUUUAAGCACAAAAAUACAAAUUAAUUUAUAAAUUGUUGGAAAUAAUUUCUAGGACUAACAAACUUGUACAAAGAAAACAGGAAAGUGCAUGACUUUUUUAGAAUGGUAAUGGCAAUUGCGUUAUUGCCAAACCAAAGGCUGGAUGAAGGUUUUGACGAAAUCAGGAGAAUGUACCGUAUGGAAAUUCAAAACUAUAUUGGACAAACCGAAAAUGAAAGUAUACAUAAAUUCCUGGAGUAUUAUAGAAGAACAUGGUUGACGGGUAAUUUGAAAAUAUAAACAAAUAAUAUUUAUGAACUAGCUGAUCCUGUACGGUGUUGCCCGUGACAAAUUAAAUACCCGUGGGUUUACCUCUUCUUAAUCUCUGUUAAAUGUAAACUGCACACAUUUUUAAUACAGCUGUUAUUUGGGUUCUGUUUAUCAAACAUCAAAUACAAGUGUAAAUUAUAUCCAAUCAUAAUAACUAUUUUAUUUAUCAGGUAACAUAAUAACUGAAACCCCGUUAUUCUAACCUAACCAUACUCAAAAUCACUGUUAGAGCACCUUCCUAGGUUGGACCGAGGAAAAUUAAAUUAGCCUAUGUUACUCGGGGG